AUGAGCCUUAGAUUAUUCAGCCAACGUAUUAUCAGUCGAACUGUAGUACCUUCAACCAGUCGUACUUUUGUUUCUUCUGUCCGUAGAUUGGAGGAAUCAACGAACGCCCUUCCUUCUAAUCCAAAAUUAGAAGCUAUUGUCGAUCAAAUCGCUUCACUCAACUUACUUGAAGCUGCUGAUUUGGCUUCUUUGCUCAAGACUAAAUUAAAUAUUCAAGAUAUUGCUAUGCCAGCCGUUGCGGCUGCUCCAGCCGUCGCUGCUGAAUCGGCUGCAGAAGCUGAAGAAGACAAGCCAAAGGAAAAGACGAUUUUCUCAGUUAAAUUGGAAUCUAUCGAUGCUACAGCGAAAGCUAAGGUUAUAAGAGAAGUAAAGGCUCUGAACCCAACAAUGAACUUGGUGGAGGCAAAGAAAUUUGUUGAGAGUGCUCCACAGAUCAUUAAGGAAGGCUUAUCAAAGGAGGAUGCUGAAAAACUUCAAAAGACUUUGGAAGCUGCAGGCGCCAAGAUAGUUCUUGAAUAGACAAUUUCAUAAUGUAUCAAAACAUAAUAAUAAAAAACCUCUCUUUUAUUCUUGUUUGACAACUUCUCUGACGCUUUCCUUGAAAAUUUUGCAACCAAGCUCCAUUUCCUCUUUGGAGAUCGUGAGAGGUGGAAUAAAUCUAAUGACGUCAAAUGCAGAUGUUGUUAACAACAUCAAACCCUUUUCGAGGCAUUUUUUCUGUACCUUUGCCCCAAUGUUGUCUGGAGUUGAGUUCUUGAUAACUGCUGAUGGGAUUGGAUGCUUCGUUGAGCUGACGAAUUCUACUCCAAUCAUAAGACCUAAUCCACGAA